UGUCAGUUGUCACUUUGUUAGGCUUUGUAGGAGGUGUUUAUUAAAUUUCGAGUAGACACAAUACAUAAAAAAAUAAUGUAAAUAACAGAUUAGUUUAGUAAAUGCAAAUAUAUAACGCUCGCAAAGCAAAUAGAAAACAUGCGGCAUCAAAGUUAAAGGUUGACAAGGUCAACAAACUAGUUAAUUAAAUAGGAUAACCAUGGAAUUGUAGUUUCAAUAAUAUUUUAAACCAUGUACAAAGAAUGAAAAUGAAUUUGAGAUCUAGAAAUGUGCUGUCCUGUUUAUUUCUUCGACCCUGGCUAGGCGUUCCUUUCGGGAUAUGGAUAGCAAUAUCAGUGGCAUACUAUUGGUGGUUAAUAUCACGUAUAAGUGUUCUGGAAACACAGAAUAAAGUAUUCAAAACGCAGUUGCGGUUGUCUCAAAGUGCUAUGAGACAAAUGACUGUUGAUUCCGUGACAACUUACGAAGUUCCUGUUAUACCAGACACAAUAGGCACACUAUGUGAAACAAUACACAUAGCACUUGUGUGCAUGGGUAAAUGCACUCGCCUGAUCACUCCCAUGCUGAAGUCCAUGCUCCAUCAUCGUCAAAACCCUCUUCACUUCCAUAUGAUAGUGGAUGUGGGAUCGCAACAUACAAUUACAAAGUUGUUUGACACUUGGGACUUGCCAGAUGUUAAGUACACAUGCUAUAAUGCUCAAAAUCGCCUGUCGCAAGUGAGAUGGAUACCGAACAGUCAUUAUUCUGGUGUAUAUGCUUUAGUGAAAUUAUUGUUUCCUGACAUACUGCCAUACACACUGACCCAAGUCAUAGUUUUGGACUCUGACUUGACGUUUUUGAGUGACGUCGCAGAAUUGUGGGGGAUGUUUAGAAACAUGAGCGAUGAUCAGGUCUUAGGUUUAGUGGAGAACGAAAGUAAUUGGUACUACGAUACCGCGAAACGCUGGCCAGCACUCGGCAGAGGGUAUAACACUGGAGUAAUGUUGUUAGACCUCAAUAAAAUAAGAAAUAACAAUGACUGGACGACCCUCUGGCAUGAUGCUGUCUACGAGAAUAUAGAUAGACUGAAACAAACCACACUGGCUGAUCAGGACAUAAUAAAUGCGAUAAUAAAGAAAAAUCCACGUUUGGUUUACAAUAUAAGCUGUCAGUACAAUGUACAGAUGUCCACUAAAACUUUAGCGAAGAACUGUUAUGGUGAAGAUAAGAAUAAUGUAAAGAUACUGCAUUGGAACUCUCCAUCCAAAUACAACAUAAGGACGCGUGACGCAGAUUAUUUUAGAAACAUUCACCAAGCCUAUGUGAACUUUGACGGCAAUCUAUUAAGGGAGAAAUUGCAUAGAUGUUCCCAAACAGAAGUUGUCAUUUAUAAGAUGAAUCAUUCAGACUUAUGUCUAAGUUUCCGCGCGGCUCAGCGUGUGAAGUUACGCACACAUUUGUACUACAUGGACUAUAGUUAUACGGACAUAGACGAUUUCGACGUCACGCUAGUUUUACAAUUGUCUAUGGAUCGUCUUCAGUUUUUGGAGAGACUUGUUAAACAUUGGGAAGGUCCAAUGAGUGCUGCCAUAUAUUUAUCCGAUUGUGAAGUGAGUAAAUUAGAGACUUUCAUUAGAGACUGGUCGGACACGCUGAGCGCGAGGAAAAAUGUUGCCUACCAUCUUGUCUUCAAACAUGAUUCCGUACACUACCCAGUGAACUACCUCCGUAACGUGGCGUUAGAGAAUGUGAACACGCCGUACGUUUUUCUAAUGGACGUAGAUUUUGUACCUAUGGCAGGUCUGUACGAACACUUACGGUCCGCCAUUAAGGUCAUCAACCCUUACCCACAAAAACAGUGCCUGGUGGUGGCGGCGUUCGAGACGCAGCGGUACCGCGCGUCGGUGCCGCGCAGCAAGGCGGCGCUGCUGGCGCGCCUCGCCGCCUCGCCCGCCGACGUGGCGCCCUUCCGGGCGCGCGAGUGGCCGCGCGGACACCGCCCCACCAACUACGACAAGUGGGCCACCGCCAACAAACCAUAUGAGGUAGAAUGGCAAGCAGAUUACGAGCCGUAUCUAGUGGUCCACCGCUCAGUGCCCAAAUACGACACUCGUUUCUCGGGUUUUGGUUGGAACAAGGUGUCGCACAGCGUGGAGCUGCGCGGGCGCGGGUUCCGCGCGCUGGUGCUGCCCGGCGCCUUCGUGGUGCACACGCCGCACGCGCCGUCGCGCGACAUCAGCGCCUUCCGGAACGACCCGCACUAUCGCAUUUGUCUAGCUCUCCUAAAACAAGAGUUCAUGGAAGACCUAAAGAAAAAGUACAAUGUGUCGCUGGACGAACCUUCGAAGCCAGAGUCAAUUUAUCUAGGACAAGCCAAGAGUCUGUUAUUAAACCAAGCAAAAGAUACCAACGUACAAGUACCACCAAAUCAGGUGUGAAAAAAAUACUGAAAGAAAUAAUUUCAUCAAAACAGCUCACAGUUAAAAAUAAAUCGAUAAGUUUUAAAUCGAUAUAAAUAUCGAUACUUGUCCAAAUGUAAAUCACAUACAUCACAUUGAACACCAGAUGACUAUUUAUAACAGUUUACAUUUUAAUAAUUUAUAGGCACUUUUGUGAAUACAAUAUCUACAUUAUAAGAACGAGUUAUCGAUAAAUUUCAUAUUUUCACAUAAACACAACUUUUUUUGUUUGAUGUACACAUUCCAUGGGUAACAUAUUUUCGCUAUAUGCAAGCACAAGCAUUAUAGAAGAAAUAAGCACGGCAGUUUUAAGUUUUAAAAUAUAAUCUAUUAGUGAGCACAUUUCCUGUUGAUAUCGAUAUUUUUCAACUAUGUACUCCAGAUCAAGGCAACUAAAUAAUAAAAUCUUCAUUAUAAUAAUUUUAAUAGCACAAUGCUCUAUUUGUGUAAUCGAUAAGUACAUAAAUCACGAUUAUUGUUAAUCGAUUAAAACUUUUUUUAUUAUAUUUUAAUAUUACCUCAUCACAAGCAUCGCGCCGUUAGUUUAAGAUAUAUUUUUAUAUAAUCGAUAAUCAUGUUAUUAAUACAAUAUUUUAACAUUCCGUUACAUUUUUUAAAUGAAGUACAUUAUUUUAUAAUAGCCAAUGAUUAGUGUAUCGAUAUAUUUUACAUUCAUAAUCGUAUCCGAACAAAAUGCCGUAUGAAGGUGUAGAAACACGUGUAUUUAUUUUGUGUGAAAUAUUUUAAAGUGGUUUUAGCGAAACGCAUUCAAAAACUACUGCUAAAUCUGGCACUCCGACCUGCUCAGAGCUCAGAGCAGCGCACGCGGCGGCAACCAAAACAAAAUAUUUUGUUCUCAUCGCGCGUUUAUAGUGAAUUCAAAUGCAGAAAGGUCCAUAUAACCCGAUGUAUGCCGGCUUCCCUUUCGUAAUUUACGUAAAAUCUAAUUAUCAUUAAACGAUUUGCAGACCGUAUUUAUUCAUAUUAUUAGUACUUUUAUUUUGUUUUGGGUUCCCUUUGGGAAAAUUUCACCCUUCACCACUGGUGAAUUCAUAAUGUUUAACAAUUUAUUAGCAAAAUAUAUGAUAGACCUGCCAGCCAAUUUUGAGAGCGCCAUUUUUAAAAAAUAUAAAUCUUCAGGCGCUUACGCCGCCGCAGUCGCAACUAGUCGUGCUGUGGCAUAGCCUUUUUAACUAUAGAGCCACAUUCUGUCGCUUUGGUGGUGUGAAAAACAGCCGAAUCUCUUUUAAUUUUUUUGUUUUUAUACCUCUAGUUAAAUAUACCAAAUGCUUUAUAGCAAAAUAUUGUUCUAUUAUGAGAUGUUUUAUCACAAAACACAGCGUUGCUUUUUUAGUAUUAGGUUAAGUAUUUGAAUGUCUCACUGAAUAGCAGUUUUAUAGUUAGGUUAUUUUAAUAUUUUCUUUUGAAAUAUUGCCUUAGCUGGUUUUUCUAAUUAGUAGUUCCUUUUGGAGCCAAAGAAAUUGUAAACGGAAUUAAUUGUCGUCAGUAUUUUAAACUAUUGUUUUUAAUUAUAAGUACAAUUAUUUUAUGUAUGAAAUAUAUAUUUUAUAGAGUAUUUUCAUUUAGCAUAAUUUGGACUAUUGAAACUAUUAAAUACAAUACAAUCUCAAGAAUAAUGUAAAAUUGAUCUGGGUUAUAAAUGUACUCCUAAACAAAAUGUAAUUGGCGUUUAUUCAGGCGUUGUCAGCAAAGCAUGCCAAAUAUGAUAAAUGUAAAACCUAACAUCGAUAAACUCCCUACAAUCGUUAUCGAUAUUACUUCAUAUAGCGAAUCGCAUGUUCAUGUUUUUGUUCAUAGUUUCGCGACGAAACUAUGAACAAAAACAUAAAUAAACAGGGGGCGUAGACAAUACACCUUUCUACAAUCGUUAACCCUAAAGUUAUAUUUGUAGUCUAUCACUAGAUAGACUUAUCGAUAAGAUAUAUCGUUCCCAUACCUUAUUGUUUCCUAUUAGCCGGUAAUUAAUGAGGCUAUGGUUCUAGGUGAAUAUUAAAUUGUAAACUCUUGCAAAUUCUGCUCCAUACCACAGUGUCUUUUUUAUCUCCUGCUGAUUCUAUUUCGAUAUCGAUUGUAGAUAGAGAUCUCUUAACCGAAAUAAUCGCUUUCUUAAUUGUAAACAGACGCAGUUACAAAGUUCUAGAAUGUUAUAAGUAUGAAAGAAAGUGAUAAAUGGAGAGUGAUGUUAAAACUUGUACCUAACGCUCUAAAAUACGAGUAUUUUAUAACGACUAACAUGUUACAUGAAUAAAAAACAUUGUCAUAACA